AUGGAGAGCAGCGUGGUGCACAUCUACAAAGACGACAGGUGUCCCACGGGCCAGCCGGAGGAGUGUUUCCCAAACUUCACGUGGCAACCCGGCUCAUCAGACAUCUUCAACUACACACCCAACGGCACCUGGGACGCUGAACCCGAGCCCAUGUCGCCCAUCAUCCCCAUAAUAGUCGCAGUGUACUCCGUGGUGUUUGUGGUUGGUUUGGCGGGCAAUUGUUUGGUGAUGUAUGUCAUCAUUAGAUACACCAAAAUGAAAACAGCCACCAACAUCUACAUCUUCAACCUGGCUGUGGCCGAUGCUCUGGUCACCACCACCAUGCCCUUCCAGAGCACCGACUAUCUGCUCAGCUCCUGGCCGUUUGGCGAGGUGGCGUGCAAAGUCUUCAUCUCCAUCGAUUACUACAACAUGUUCACCAGCAUCUUCACCUUGACCAUGAUGAGCGUGGACCGCUAUGUGGCCGUGUGCCACCCUGUCAAGGCCCUGGAUUUCCGCACCCCAGUCAAGGCCAAGAUCAUCAAUGUGAUCAUCUGGGUGCUGUCGUCUGCUGCUGGGAUCCCUGCCAUGAUACUUGGCAGCACAAAGACCAAAAAUGGGAUUACAGAGUGUGCCUUACAGUUCCCUGAGCCCUACAGCUACUGGGACACCCUGAUGAAGAUCUGUGUCUUCAUCUUUGCCUUUGUGGUACCCGUCAUCAUCAUCACCGUCUGCUACACGCUGAUGGUCAUGCGGCUGAAAAGCGUGCGCCUACUGUCAGGCACACGCGAGAAGGACCGUAACCUGCGCCGGAUCACCCGUUUGGUUCUGGUGGUGGUUGCCGUCUUUGUGGUGUGCUGGACUCCCAUCCACAUCUUCAUCUUAGUCAAGGCUCUGUCUGGCAACGUCCCAGAGACCACCGCCGUCAUGGCUGCCUACUUCUUCUGCGUGGCGCUGGGCUACACCAACAGCAGCCUCAACCCCAUCCUCUACGCCUUCCUGGAUGAGAACUUCAAGAGGUGCUUCAGGGACUUUUGCUGCCCAGGCGCCCAAAGACAUGGAGACCUUCAUGGGGUGAGCCGGGUGAGGAGCACCCUGCGGGACCACACAUGUCCCACAGAAGCCCGGGGAGAUAUGAGGCAGGCCCGGCCUGUAUGACUAGCCAUGGACACAUCCUUUAUGCCCUAUCAGGGCUGGGAGGACUCCAAUGACCUGGGAUUGACUCAAGUCACCACUGCCAUCUGAGGGAAGGCUAUAGAGGGCCAGGUAUUUAUUUAUCCAGCAUGUCCAGCAAGAGAAUCCAAAAGCAGAUUUGUUUACAUUUUUCUUAUUGUCAACAAAUCCCAUGAAAAGACAAAAGCCAUCCCAGAAUUGAUCCUACUAACCAGUAAGCUAUUACCUGGGUAGCCAAAAUCUAAUAUAGGUUAUUCCUUCAUUGUUGUGAAAAAACUAUUGGCAUGACAUGUUUCUUCAUUGUGAUUAAAAAUGGCACUUCUUUACAUUCUGAAUUAAUCCCGGCGUCAUCCUGCUGCCAGAAAUAUUCACUCGACCAACAAAUAUGUAUCAAUCUACCGCUGACAAUAGUCCCCAACAAAUACACAAUUUUUUUUUUCAAAAAUGCACAGUACCCAGCUGUCUGAUAAUGACUUAAAAUAAAAUAAAAAAGAAGCUAUAUAUAUCUAUAUGUGACCUGUUCAUAAUGGUUUGCGUCUUCAGUGAGAAUUAAUGUGCUUGGGUCUGAGUGCUAAAGACAGGGUAGGGAAGUCAGACAGUUUUGAGAAAUGGACUAAUACAUUGUUGUUGUUGUUGUUGUUGUUGUUGUUGUUGUUUCUUGGGAUUGGUUGACAUUUAGAAAAACAUAGAAUAACACCAGAGUUGUCCUUUAAAAUUAAAGGUUUGUGAAGUGCAAAUAUGCCUCUGGCCCAGUUAGAUACUAAAGGACUGUAAAGUGUUUUGCAAUGUAAAAUGUAUAAAGCUGAAAUCUAACUCUUAUUUUAUUAAAUUGUUGAUAUCAACAAUGAAAAAGAAGAUGAAUGAUGUUUAGACAAGUACAAUUGUUCAAUGUUUUUUGUGUAUCUGUCACAAUUUGAAAAUUGUCACGGCCCUCCACACGCAUAGUUUCCUGUGAAAUCCCUUCAAUAUUCAUUGCCAUAUUUCUAUAUAUUCUCAACAAUAUUUUAUUAUGUAGCUUGAUCACAUUUUGUU